UUAUCAUCAUUCAUCGUGACUUAAAAUGCAGCAUUUGCUGUUUCACUUAUUGAAUGUUUAUAUUACACUUAUUGAAAAUAGUAACAUAACAGCGUGGAAAAGUGAAUUUGGAUCAAUCGUUUUGAAAAUCUAACUUGGAACUAUGGGGAAGAAGCGUAAUUAUUCCAACAAACAAAAUCCCUUUGCUAGAAAAAAGCGUGAACUAAAAGAUAAAGAACAAUCGGAACCGGCACGGAGAGACAAGCCGUAUGAAGGCAUAAUACGUGAAAAUCCAUGUUUUGAAAUUUAUUACAAACAUCAGAAAAUAUGCAAAUCAGAUGAAUGGGACGAGUUCAUGAACAAACUACGAUCUAAUUUACCUACAACAUUUCGUAUUACUGGUUCGAAAAGUCAAGCGCACGCUUUGUUAAAGAUUAUUAAGGACCAAUUCUUUACUGAGUACUAUCGGGCUGCCGCUGAGUUGAAAGAUAGUGGCGAGCAAAUACAGGAGCCACUUUGUUUGUCAUGGUACCCAAACGAGUUAGCAUGGCAGCUAGAACUCUCGAGAAAGGAUAUUCGUCGUUCGGAACCCCUAUACAAAUUGCACAAUUUUUUAAUAGCAGAGACCAGUUCCGGUAACAUCAGCCGACAAGAGGCUGUAUCGAUGAUUCCUCCUCUUGUACUGGGUGUGCAACCACAUCAUAAAGUACUUGAUAUGUGCGCUGCACCUGGCUCAAAAACUGCCCAACUAAUCGAAGCGCUACAUGCCGAUGGUGAAAAUUUACCUAAGGGCUUUGUUCUUGCGAACGACAUCGACAAUAAUCGUUGCUAUAUGCUGGUCCAUCAGGCGAAGCGUUUAAGUUCUCCGUGCUGUUUGGUGACGAAUGCCGACAGUUCUCUGUUUCCCGAGUUGAAACUGAAAAACGAGGCAGGUGAGAUGGAAAUGGUUCGGUAUGAUAGGAUACUAUGUGAUGUUCCCUGUUCCGGCGAUGGUACUCUGCGUAAGAAUGCAGAUAUUUGGACAAAGUGGAAUUUAGGACAAGCCAACAACCUACAUGGAUUGCAAUACCGUAUUGUGAAACGUGGCGCUGAGUUAUUGGAGAUAGGUGGAAAGUUGGUCUACUCCACUUGCUCUUUAAAUCCAAUCGAAAAUGAAGCAGUUUUGCAUCGUCUCUUACUGGAAGCGGGAGACUCUUUGGAAAUCCUCGAAGUGAGUCAUUUGCUGCCAUCACUGAAGCAUAAUCCGGGUUUAACGUACUGGGAACCAGCGACUACCAAGGAUAUGCGCUUUUUCAAAUCAUAUGAAGAAGUGCCGGAAAUGUACCGCUCAACGAUACGCCCGUACAUGUUUCCUCCUGCUUCAGGGGAGGCGGAAAAGUUCAACCUGACACGCUGCAUACGUGUUUUGCCUCACCAUCAGAACACCGGUGGAUUUUUCAUUGCACUGCUUGAAAAAAAGAAGAAGCUUGCUUGGGAAGUUCAUCAACAAAUUAAACCAGAAACAACGGUUGACACGUCUAGUGUGGAACCGAUAGUGCCACCGCCAACGAAGAAGCAAAAAUAUCAUAGAGGCUUUAAAGAGGACCCUUUUGUGUUUUUCGAUGGCACCGAAGAUAUUUACGAAUCGAUAAAAAAGUUUUUCCAGCUAUCAGAAGAAUUUAACCCACUUAAUCUGCUAACGCGUUGCCGUGAAGGUAAGAAGAAAAAUAUCUACUUCUGUGCAGAUAUUCUUCGUAACAUUAUCACCAACAAUGAGGAACAGAUCAAGUUCAUCAAUCUUGGAAUAAAGACCUUCGCUAGAUGCGACAAUCGCAACCGAUUGUGCGACUUUCGUUUAGCACAGGAAGGACUUGAAAGAAUAAUUAGCUUCAUUGGUAAGGACCGGCGAUUGACCAUCGGAAAGGACGAUUUAAUCAAGCUGCUGUCGAAUAGUGACCCUACAAAGCCGCCGGUACUGGAAGGUUUGAGUACCCUCAUUCAGGAAGAAGCAGAAAAACUAGAACCAGGUAGCUGUGUGUUGCAAUACAGAGAGGAUGGUUUGGAGAUGAACCUUGUUGGUUGGCGUGGUGCUAAAAGUUUGCGGGCGUAUGUUGAUCAAUACGACACGGUUCAUAUGCUUCGGUUGUUGGGGGCCGAUGUGUCCAAGUAUGAGAAAAAUAAGUUUGAAGAAAGAAAGGAAUCCGGUAUGGAUACAAAGGAAUAGAAAUUCAGUUCACAUUUGCGCAAUCAAUAAAUAUUUCAAUUAUCAAAAA